UAUUUUGGUCUGUGUGUUACGCCGUAAGCCCGCGCCGCGCGGUAUCUAUUGUGAAUCGCCUGCAGAAAGAAAAACUCCUGGGGAGCAGCUGAGAUCCACUUGACAUACAGUUGUAAAGAUGGCGUUUAUUAAAGAGGAGGUUGAAGACGUGAAGAUCGAAGAAGCAUUUAGAGUGAAACAAGAAGAUACUGAGGAACAAACAGACCUGGUGGCCCCAAAAGAGGAGAGACAAGAAUACAAUGUGAAGGAAGACAAAGACAAGAAUGAGAAACAUCAUGAUUUCAUAAAUGAAGAAAAAUCCUCUAGUUGCAUUCAGACUUCCCCACAACAAAGAGCUCAAACGACUGGAAGUAAUUUCACCUGUGCUCAGUGUGGAAAAAGUUUCAACCAAAAAAAAAACCUUACUAUGCACGUGAAAAUUCACACUAAUAAGAAGCCUUACUCGUGUCCUCAAUGCGGACAAAGUUUUACUCUUAAAGGAAACCUUAGUAAACACCUAAAAAUUCACACUGGAGAGACCCCUUAUACCUGCACAGAGUGUGGGAAGAGCUUCUCACGAAAAGGAAGUCUUAAGACUCACAUGAGACUUCACACUGGAGAGAAACCGUAUACAUGCCCUCAGUGUGGAAACAGUUUUACACGUAGUGGAACCCUUAAUACCCACAUGAGAAUUCACACUGGAGAGAAGCCUUAUAUGUGCAAACUGUGUGGGAAGAGCCUCUCACGAAAAGAAAGUCUUAAAACUCACAUGAGAAUUCACACCAAAGAGAAGCCUUACAAAUGUCCUGAGUGCGGCAAGAAUUUUACACGUAAAGGAACCCUUAAUUCCCACAUGAGAUUUCACAAUGGCCCUCACUUUUCACAAAAAGAAGGUCUAAAGACUGUGAAGAUUGACACUGAAGAAAAGCCAUGGAGUUUCACAAACAGGAAACGCUUGAAGAAUCAUCUAGUAACUCACAACAGGAAAAAGCCCUUUGUGUGCCCUCACUGUUUAAAGUGUUUCACAUUUAAUGGAAACUUGAAGGUUCACCUGAGAAUUCACACUGGAGAGAAGCCUUACGCAUGUGAUCAGUGUGGAAAGAGUUUUAGGCAUAAAGUGACACUCGAUUACCACAUGAGGAUUCACACAAGAGAGAACAGUUUUCUAUGUCAUCAGUGUGGGGGGAGUUUCACAGACAGCAAAGAACUUGAGAAUCAUGUAUUAACUCACGGUAAUAACACUGGAGUGAAGACUUUCAUGUGCCAUCACUGUGGAAAAGUUUGCAUAAACGCAGCAAACCUUCAGAUUCACAUACGUGUUCACACUGGAGAGAAGCCUUUCAUCUGUCUCCAGUGUGGAAAGAGUUUCUCACGCAAAGGAAACCUUCAGACUCACAUAAGGCUUCACACUGGAGAGAAGCCUUUCACGUGUCAUCAGUGUGAGCAGUGUUUCACAUAUCAAAGAGACCUGACACGUCAUUUGCAAACCCAUUCUGUAAAGAAAUUUCAGGUUUCAGAGUAUGACAAGAGGUUUAGAAAAAAUCACCAGCACAUUCACUCUAGAGGAAAGAGAUUUAAUCAUGUUCGGUGGAAUAAAAAAAAUCUUUCGCGAUCAAACUUACAGACACACCCGAGAAGUCAUGCAUUUGUGAGACCCUAUUUUUGUUCUAUAUGUGGAAAGAUUUUUAAAUGGCUCAAGAGUUUUAAAUGGCACCAGAAAAUAUGUAUUGUGCAAAAUUAGUUUCAGGUCAGGAGUUCUCAACUCUGGCCCUUGAGGUCCUGCGGUUUAGCUCCAACCCUAAUCGAACACACCUGAACAAGUUAAUCAAGGUCUUCGGGAUUGCUAGAAAGUUACAGGCAGGUUUGAUCAAGGUUGGAGCUGAACUGCAGGACAGUGGAUCUCGAAGGCCACAGUUAAGAACCCCUGGUGUAGGUCAUCACUUACAUGUUUGAUUCAGUUAAAACCUCAAAACUAUUCAUUGUUAGUAUUAUUGAUAUUAUUAAUAAUCAUUAUAUUAGUUGUGAUUAUUGAUAUAAAAUAUUACAUGAAUAAAAUUCUGUUGCUGUGAAAUGCCACAACGUAAAUGAGAAAUCAGAAAAAUAAAAGGAUGGAAACUGAAUGAAAUAAUAAACACUGCAUUAUCUGAUUCAACGUGAUUUAAACGUGUGUUUUCAUUCUGAAUCUGAAUUUGGCUACUGUUGAAGUUUCUGUGAUGGCAU